CCUGCCAGCCCGGGAGGUACGGAAACAACUGCACUUCCUUGUGCAAUAGCAACUGCCAGCAGACGGGAACUUCUUCAGCUCGUCGGUGUGACUUCGUCACUGGCAGAUGUCUGAGUGGCUGCAUGCCAGGAUAUACCGGCCAAAUGUGUCAAACAGCGUGUCAAGCCGGGAGGUACGGAAACAACUGUACGUCCUUGUGCAGUAGCAACUGCAAGCAGGCGGGAACUGCCUCUGCUACACGAUGUGACUUCAUCACCGGCCGAUGUCUGUAUGGCUGCAUGCCCGGAUAUACUAGCUCAAUGUGUCAGACAGCCUGCCAGCCUGGGAGGUACGGGAACAACUGUACGUCCUUUUGCAGUAACAACUGCCAGCAGAAAGCACCUUCUUCUGCUCGACAGUGUGACUUCAUCACAGGUAGAUGUCUGAGUGGCUGCCUGCCAGGAUAUACCAGCCAUACGUGUCAAACAGCCUGCCCGCCUGGAAGGUACGGUAACAACUGUACGUCCAUGUGCAGUAGCAGUUGUCAGCAAACGGGAACUCCCUCCAGUCGACAGUGUGACUUCAUCACAGGUAGAUGUCUGAGUGGCUGCACGCCUGGAUAUAUAGGCAUAACGUGUCAAACAGUCUGCCAGCCUGGGAAAUACGGAAAGAACUGUACGUCCUCGUGCAGUAGCAACUGUAAGCAGGUGUUCACUACCUCUGCUCGACGGUGUGACUUCGUCACAGGCAGUUGUCUGAGUGGCUGUAUGCCAGGAUAUACUGGCCUAAAGUGCCAAACAGCCUGUCAACCAGGGAGGUACGGAGACAACUGUACGUCCUUGUGCAGUGGCAACUGCCGGCAGACGGGCACUUCCUCUGCUUCCUCUGUUACACAUUGUGACUUCGUCACAGGAAAAUGUCCUUCUGGCUGUCUUCUUGGAUAUACGGGUCAAACGUGCCACACAGCCUGCCUACCUGGAACAUACGGAGACAACUGCACGUCCGUGUGCAGUAGCAGCUGCCGUCAGAAAGGAAAUACCUCUUAUUCACAUUGUAAUUUCAUCACAGGCGAUUGUCCGAAUGGCUGCCUGCCCGGAUAUUCAGACUCAGCUUGUAAGAUAGCCUGUGAGCCUGGGAGGUAUGGAGAUAACUGUACGUCCUUGUGCAGCAGCAACUGCCGGCAGAUGGGCAAUUCUACUGUUCCAGAGUGUGACUUCAUCACAGGAGAAUGUUCACAUGGCUGCAAGACUGGAUAUAUCAGGCCAAUGUGUCAGUCAGCCUGUGAGCUUGGGACGUACGGAGACGACUGUUCGAUCUUGUGUAGCAGCAACUGUCGGCAGAACGGGAGUUUCUCUGUUGCAGAGUGUGACUUUAUCACAGGCGAAUGUCCAGAAGGCUGUCUGCCCGGAUAUAUCGGCCUCACCUGUAAAACAGCAUGCGAGCCCGGGUUAUAUGGAGACAACUGCACGUUCUUGUGCAGUGUAAACUGUCAACAAAGGCGUACUUCCUCAGAGCGACGAUGCAACUUCGUAACAGGCGAAUGUCUAAGUGGAUGUGUGCUAGGAUACUCACUCCCAACAUGUGAAUCAGCCUGUGAACCCGGGAGAUUCGGAAACAACUGUAUGUCCGUGUGCAGCAGCAACUGCUGGCAGAAUGGUACUUUCUCAGAUCCUGAGUGUGACUUCGUCACUGGUGAAUGUCCAGAUGGCUGCUUCCCCGGGUAUGCCAUCCCAACGUGUCAUUCAGAAUGCCAGAAUGGAAUGUACGGAGAAAACUGUACGUCCGUUUGCAGUAGCAACUGCCGGCAGAGGGGUACCUCCUCUACCCGACGGUGUCACCACACAACAGGAGGAUGUCUGAGCGGCUGCGUGCCCGGUUAUACAGGCCAAAUGUGUGAAACAG